AUGCAUGGUGUUGAUGGUCUCUGGGGCAGACUUUGGAAGACUAAUGUCCCUCCUAAAGUGCGAAGCUUUCUUUGGCGAGCUGCCCGCAACAACCUUCCCUCCAAGGAACGGCUGCUUUCUAGAGGAGUUGCGGUUGGGGGCGAGUGCGAGACGUGCAAAAGCAGCUUUGAGAACCUUUGGCACACCUUUUUCUUUUGCUCUUUUGCUGAGGACUGCUGGAGGUGUAGUGAUUUGGGGCAGUACAUCAGCAACAUUACCAACAGCUGUGAUUCCUUUGUUGAGGCUCUCUUCUGUAUCAUUGGAGGCAAUAAUGAGGAGCUAACAGCUAGAGUUUGCAUGGUGCUAUGGCAGAUUUGGAAAGAUAGGAACCGUGCAAUUUGGGAAGGUGUGUUUCCGGUCCCGGCGCGUUCGGUCUUGCAGGCUGCUGAGGCCCGGAUCGAGUGGCUCUUGGCUCGAGAAAAGAGGUCUGUCCAGCACCCCUCUUCGUCUCCUGCUGUCACUUGCGGCGGGUGGCACCCGUUGCCGCUGGAGUAUGUCAAGUGCAACGUAGACGCAACCUUCUUCUCUGAUAUUAAUGCCGUGGGUAUUGGAAUUGUUGUACGUAGCCAUGAUGGAAACUUUGUGACUGGAAAAUCUAUGAAACUGAUGGGGCUUCGUCGGGUGGAUGAGGGGGAGUUAAUUGGCAUCAAAGAGGCGCUCUCUUGGUUAAAGUUUCUUGGUUUGUCGCGUGGUUGGGUGGAGUCCGAUUGCAAGCGAGCUUGUGAGGCGUUAUGUUCGAGCGAAAGGAAUAUUUCAGAGAUGGGUACUCUUGCUGCCUUUUGUCGUAAAGAACUAGCGUCGAUGCCGGAUAUCCAAGUGAACCACGUUAGAAGAGAACAUAAUGGGAUAGCUCAUUUUCUAGCUAAGGCUGCGAGAGAUUUCGAUACACACCAUGUUUGGAAUGAACCCCCGUUGGCUGUGGAGGGUCAUUUCCAUUUACCAUGCUCUUGUGUUUAA